GGCUCCAUGAGACCAUAUGGGACGUAGCACACCUUGCAAGGGUAUGGGCAAUACAAUUACGAUUUCUACGAAUAAAAUGAAAAUUAAUAGAUGUAAACGAUGAUAAUAAAUCAGCACAUUCGUCAAGGAUGGAGCCUAGAUAAGAGUAGCCCCCACAAAAACCUCACAAUCAGAAAAAAUCUCAACGUCACGAAUACCUCGAGUCCUCAACCAAGCCAACGUUUGUUUGCAAGCAAGAGCUUCUGCCAAAAGAGGGAGGCCCAAGUUUUCUUCCAUUUGCCGCUGCCACAUAUACGCCCCCUGGAUAAAAAAGGACGUAACCGAAAGAGAUGGAAUCCUCCAAAUCUGAUGUUGCAGCAUAAAAAAACACAUGUGUGCCUCUGCCCGAAAACUAACAUCGUGCCGCUGUGAUGUAUGUUCCUGCUCCGCUUUCUAACUUAAGCGAAUUCAAUCGUGAAGAUGUAUAUCCUAUGCUGGACUCAAAGACAAACAAAUGCAUGUAACAUUAAGUUUUUUUUUUCUUUUUCUUCCACAAAAGGGCUAGUUUAUAAUCAUUCAAAUAUCAUAGAAACCAAAUCACAAUUCAAUAAUUCACCUUGAAGGGUACAAGAACAAGACAUUUUUUAAACAUACAAAAUAAUUGAGUGGCGGGGACCAAACGAUCAAAAAUCUAAUCUUGGGCUAUAAUAGAUUACUUUUAAGUAAUAAAAUUGCGAGAUAGAGAAAAAGAUCAGAUUAAGGACCUGUUUGGAAAUAACAUUAGAGAUUAGCGUUAGUGUUUUCGAUAAAAAUUUAACGGUGCAGAUUACUUUGAAAACGCUACCCGUAGAUAGCAUUUUCAAAAUGCUAACGCUAAUCGCUAAAUCUAUUUCCAAUCAUGCCCGAAAAAAAUAAAAAGUGUUUUGGCCAUCAUAAGAUCUAAAACAAAGGCAACACUUUUCUGUAUAAAAAAUUGAAUAACAAUGAAAAGUAAGCCCACAUGAAACAAAAUGUAGAGUGACAAGCAGAUAGUCUCAUGAUCCGAAAUAUAUAGGUUCACCCAACCCCAUUAGUAUGAGGCCUUUUGGGAGGUGCCCAAAAACAAAUCCGUGAGGGUUUGACCUAGAGCGGACAAUAUCAUACUAAUGCGGGGUUGGGGUGAGGGCACGCGAAGUCCCAACAUGUGGUAUCGGAGCCCAGGUUCUUGCGGGCGGGAGUAGCGGACUGUGCAGUGUGAAAAAAAAAUCUCGGUGUGACGGUGUAACUAGGACCAAGACCAAGAAAGAGGAUCUGCAGGUGGUGCCUUGUGUCAAAAGUCUUCCCGACGAGAGGAGGUCGGGCGGCGCGCCCCGUGAAGUUAUAGCCACGGCGGUACAAGAUGAUUUGGUGGAUCAAAUGGUGUAUAGCCCAGCGAAGGAAAGAUCUGCGGUUCGAGCCUUGCGUCGAAAGUCUUUCCGACAGGAGGUCGGGCGGCGUGUUCCGCAAAGAGUGUGCGGCGGUGCAAGAUGGUUAGCAGAUAAAGAGAAAAAAAAGGGAUUACCGCUGGAGGGGAGGUCGGAAGUUGUGUGGUCCUUGGAUGAGGGGAGGUUUAUUGGGAUUCCUCCAAGUCCCACACCGGAUGAGUAGGAGUAAAUGAACCAAAAUAUAUAGGUUCACCCAACCCCAUUAGUAUGAGGCCUUUUGGGAGGUGCCCAAAAACAAAUCCGUGAGGGUUUGAUCUAGAGCGGACAAUAUCAUACUAAUGCGGGGUUGGGGUGAGGGCACAUUGUUGGGAAUAUCACCUCAGUUUUCUAGCGGAAGCAAUAAAUAAUUUUCCCGUCUUUGUGUUGUCAAAAUGGGCAAAAUCAUAUGACCAAUCAAGAAUAGCAAAAACAACGACAAGCAAUCAAUCAAGCGAUAAACGAACACCAAGAUUUAACGUGGAAACCCCAAAUCGGGGAGAAACCACGAAGCCUUCCACUAAUCACCAAGAAAAUCAGUGGGUACACCAAGAAUCCUCUCUAAAUCAAUUAGAGGUACACAUAAUCAUCAAGUAAUAACUUGGAACACCAAACAACAAUAAUCUUCACUCAAAAGUGAGAAAACCCCAAUAAAAACGCAGCAGUAAAGAGAGGCGAUUUUACCGACAUCGAGAGGUCAAAACAACAAUCCCACCGUUGGAUAUGAAGAAGAGGAUCUCAGGAACAACAUACUAAAAUUUCAUCCCGAUCGGAGCUCGUUUGGUCGUCGAUCGGGGCACAAAACCAGGCU